AUGGCAAAGGUCUAUAGCGGCGCCAGCGAUUUCGUACUUUUUCCCCGAGAUCAAGCAUACAUGGGCACUCUGGAUCCCAGGCUGGGCGACAACUUCAGAAAUAUGCAUUACCAGCCAAACGCUGUGAGCAACAUGCAUCAGUACGGGGAUUUCUCUGGCGAAGCCAGCACAUCCUACGAGCCAUACCCACCAGUCUCCGCCUACUCCUCUGCCCCGUCGGCCUACUUCGGAGCACAAAACGUGCCGUAUGAGACCCACAAAGGCAACAUGGGACGGCUUCUGCGCCGGCAAACACCUUCAGGGUCUCCCUCGCCCUCAAUCUCACAAGCCUUCGACCAUCCGCCAUCAACAUUGUCAUCUGCUUCGGGUGCCUCCGCCCAAAGCACAGCCUCAUCAACUGAUGGCUCGCCUUAUGCAAGCGCGACGCAUGUUCUGCCAUAUGAAGACAAAUGGUCUGAUUCACUUCAUGGACUGGGCAUUGCACCGGGGAUCGUAAGCAGCGAAACUUUCAGUCAAGACUCAUUCCCACCAGCGAACUUCGAAACCGAUUUGAUGCUGGAAGAUAGCAAGUUUCCGAAUUAUGUUGGUGAGUGUGGAAAGAAUUUUUCUCCGUUGUUUCCUCUCAGUCAGCCUUUUGCUUCGUCGGUAUUUUCUGGUUUAGCGCCGCAAAAAUUUGUACCCGCGUUUUCUUCUCGGCCAUUAGCACUGGACACGACCACCGUUGCCAAAGACGUUACCAUCGACUCGAUCCUCGAAGAAGCCAACAGCAAAAUCCGGAAAUCCGUGCAGUUGAUUUCACCGGUUUCCGCAGCGUCUCCAGCAGCUUCGCCGACAUCUUUCACAAGCAAGCAUCGGACCACCUCGCCUACUCAAAGAAAGAGCUCGUUCGCAUCUCCUCUGAUGCCAGCGCCUGCCGCAUCUCGCUUUCCAUCUCGUGCUACCUCGCCGCACGGUUCAGCGGACCACGUCUUCCUCGGACAUCCAAUCAUCCCUUUGGAUCAUGUGAGAACACCACGAAGCCGGCAGCAGUCUCCGGAGCGUUGUCAUCCCUGCGACCGGGCUACACCACCUCCAACUUCUCAGCGUCAAGCUCGUUAUGAUCCUUCACUCAUCCAACAAUUGGACACACCUAUUACUCACAACACUACUACUGCACCUUACCCCAGUGCUAUUCACGCGUUUCAUCAUCUACCAUCGCAAAUAUUUCAGCCACCGUCGCCUGCUGCGUCGGAGACGUCUAGUCAAGACUCGCAUCGACCAGGAUCGGCCAGGUUCCGAAGUGGCACUACAUCGCCCUACCUCCACACCACUUCUUACCAGCCGUACCCGCAAGGCUUGGACGCACGCAGAUUCUCGAUCGCGUCGAGUCCUUCUCGAAAUUCCUUGGACAGUCCAGGAUCCAAUGGCUAUGGUUUCGACGACGAUGGUAAAGAGAGGACUCGCUGCCCGCAUCCGGACUGCGGUAGACCAUUCAAGGAUCUAAAAGCGCAUAUGCUUACCCAUCAAUCAGAGAGACCUGAGAAGUGCCCAAUCACGACUUGCACUUAUCACCAAAAAGGGUUCGCUCGCAAGUACGACAAGAAUCGCCACACCCUUACCCAUUACAAAGGGAAUAUGGUCUGUGGGUUCUGCCCAGGAUCCGGCUCAGCCUCGGAGAAGAGCUUCAAUCGUGCAGACGUCUUCAAGCGCCACCUUACCUCUGUUCACGGCGUAGAACAGACGCCACCAAACAGCCGCAAGAAGAGUACAAAUUCUUCCACGAACAAGAAGAUGUCGACGCAAGCUGUUGACGCGACUGGCAAGUGUUCCACCUGCUCCGCAACGUUCAAGAACGCACAAGAAUUCUAUGAGCAUUUGGACGAUUGUGUUCUUCGCGUGGUGCAGCAGGAGGAACCCAGUGAGGCCAUCAACGAGCAGCACCUCGGUGAUGUAGCCAACGAUGAAGCAGUCCGCGACACAAUGGAUCGCCACAUGAUUUCCGCUGAAACCAACUUCAACGUCAAUGCAAUAGCCUUCGACGAUGAGGAAGGUGACGAGAAUGACGAUGACUUCAAAGAUGAGUCUAGCGAAGAUAACCAGGCAUGGCUGCUUAGGUCGAGCACUCGCUCAGGCAAAGGAGAAAUCGGUGUCGGACACGCUGGGGGUGGCAACUCCAUCACAAAGUCUGGCCGCAUGUCAUCGCACGGAAAAGGUCGCGGUAUGACAGCUUCUAAAGGAGGCGUUCCCUUGGUUGGAAAGGGGCGGAGAAGGAGAAAGCACUACCCUGUCUCAUGGGGUUGCCCCAAAGAUCAGAUGAAGAUGAAGAAAAGAGUCUUGUGUGUGUAUGAUGGGUCACGUCGCCUCUGGAAGGAUGACAUGAUGCUCGACAACGAUUUUGAGGUCCGUAUGCGUUUUGGGGAUGGCGAGUCUUACGUGACCGAUCUCGAUGUCCAAACGGUCAAAAGGGCGGAGGCCCUGCACAACGCAACAGACGAAGAGAAAGGACCUCGGAUCCAGGACGAAUCGGAGAUACAGCAAUUAAUGUCAUGA